GAUGAUGUAAAAGGGGGUGGGUUGUCAGUCAAGUCCGCGUCAGCUAUCAAGAGCAGGUGACAUAUCAUUAUGACUCACAACAACAACUUUGGAGUUGAUGUUAAAAACCUAGGAAACAGCACAAGCUGAGGUGUGGUGUAGGUAGUCUCACCCUGGCAUUUUGACCAGGUGAUGUUGUCACCCGGAAGGCUACGGAGCAGCACACACCACAGAAGGGUAUGGAAUGGGAGGAUGCCGAAGGAGCCCAGAAGGGGAGCAGAAGGCUACGGAAGCUUGCGGAGGGAUUUUGCAGGGCUUGGACGAAUUAAGGGCUCAGACAAAAGGUAGUCACCGCCGGUGCCUGGUUAUUCGGGCUCUCCGGCCGGCGACUCGGCGCCGGUGCCUGGUUUUUAGGGCCAUCCGGCCAACAACCACUCGACCUUGCCGUGCCAACUUUUUUUUUGCAAUUUACCUCUCCGACUAAGCUUCUCCUCCGCCUCUGUUCUUCCUCUCUGGAUUUACUCGACCGAGAAGAAUCAGCUGUUCGUCUCUCUUAACGUCAUCGUUACCGGUUCUUCCUCUCUUCCUUCGGUUCCCUGGAGUAUCAAGACCUCGCAAGGCGCAAUUGCCUCAGUUCUUCCUCUCUGCGUCUAUCUUUAUCGUUCCCGCUAAGCAGCAGCUCUCUUCCUCUUCAUUUCCGCGUCGCGUCAGAGUUCUCUUUCGCGUCGUCCCUCUCCCAUUGUCUCUCUCCCCCUUCGUUUUCGCCAAUCGUCAGCCAAUUUCCCGCCAUCAGUCAUCUCCCGCUUCAUUUCCGGCAGCCCUCGCGCUACACUGGACCAUCAGCUGCGGUAUUCUUACCAACUCAUCAAUAUUCGUCUCUGGCACGGCUAGCUACCCCGACACACCGACGCUUGUACGCUUGAGGAAUCAUCAGAACAUAUAUCUUGAUCUUCAUAUCGAAUCACGGGCAAAAUGAGUGACGUUUACGAGCAAACAGACGAGUACAUCAUCAACAAGAAUGUCCCCUACUACGACGAACGGACUGAGGAGGACGAACUUUUCGAUGAGCACAGAAUGAGGAAGGGCCUCAAGCCUGUUCAAGACCGUCCAUGGUGGUUUGAUGAGAUCCGCUGCCAGGCCACUUCUCGCUCUGAUGGCGAGGUCAUCGCCGAACUCUGCGCUGUCUUGAUUAAUCUGGACGACGCCAGGGAAUGUCUCGAGUAUUUGAAAAAUGAUGAGCGGAAGAGGUAUGAUGAUCUGAGGGAUUAUGUCAUGGAGGAUGUGGAUCUGGAGGAUUUGUUGAGCGAGGCGGAUUUGAGCUGUCGCAAUCGUUACAGCACGGUUACUUCGUUGGUGGGAGGUCUUCUCACUCAUGACGGGGGGAUGCGAAUCAAGUGGUACAGGUCGGACUUUCCUGAGACAAGAGGCACGGGUGUGUGGGGAGAGGAGCUCAGCAGCAUGAAGAACGUGCUCCUGCUUGAGGACUUUCAUGUCGAGCCGGAUUGGCGUGGACAGGGUCUCGGCACGAAAAUUGUGCGCUAUUUCCUCAACCUCAACGAGACCUACUGCGGAAAGGAGGAGCUUUAUCUGUUUGUUCGUCCCAGACCAGACCCUCGCGAAUAUUCACGCCUCCUGGGUCUCCUCAGGGGGGCUGAUGUACCGGUUUACCACCAAAUCACGCGCAGAGCUGAGGCAUUUUGGAGAGCUCAAGGGUUCCGCCGGGUGGCAAAGUCGGACUGGUUCGCCUACACGACAAACGCAGACCAUCCCUCACGGAAGCUCACCAUUGCCGAUGACGAAGCAAUCGACCACGACCUGAAAGAGUUUGGGGUGCGUCCCGCCUGGCUCACCGUUGUGCCGGCCCACAUGGCCAGACUUGUCCAAGACCUGGGCAAACAGCACACCACCGACGAGGAGUGCACUGCACUCCUCAGGGAGCAGAUGCCAGAGGACCCCAACCACGAAGACUGGGGCGUGCGCGGGGAGUGUGGCAACACACUCCUCCACCUGGCCGCCGUCUCGUCUAAGGUCGAGGCGAUCAGGUUCGUUCUAGAGCGCCAGCCGCGCUUGGCCGAGGUCAAGAAUAUGGGCGGGCGCACACCCCUGGAAGCGCUCGAGCACCAGCUCGGAAAGGCGAGGGAGCGCGACUACUCGCGUGAGCGCUUCUUGGCGAUUUGCGCGUGGGAGAGGAAGAACUGGAGAUUCUUUGAGGAUUUCCCGGGUCUCAACGACAAGGCCAUCCGGUCUUGGUGCCUUCUGAGCGGCACCCCCUACAUGGACGUGAGCGGCCUGGCCGUGAAGUCUGCGUCGGAGCUUGGGGAAGACCGGGAGGUUGUGCAGGAGCUCCUCGAGCUCAAGUACUGCUGCGGAUGUGGGUCUUGCCUUGGUGGUUGGUUCAGCCAACGCAGUCAAGUGGUCCUAGCAUUUGCGGCCAGGGAGAUGCAUAGUCGUCGGGUGGAGGGUUUGGAGCAGAUGGGAUUCUUGCAGUGGUACGAUUUGUAUAUCAAGGACUCGUGCGACUUUAUCACCAGAGAGGAAACCACGGACAACGAGCAGGCCGCAUUGUGGGUGGUGGAGGUGUUUCAACAUCUGGAGUUGUGCAUCGCCGGAACCGACGAUACAGCCCCCAUGAUUCCGAAUCUCAGGAACAUCAUGGCCAGCAUAGAGGCUGCCCAAAACGAAACCCCUCAGCCUGCCGAUCUUCACGGGCGGAUUGAUGCCGUCAUUGAAGCUACCUGCUGGUUGAUUGGAAAGGCAGAGGGUACGUGGGACAACAUGCAUGAAGACCGGUAUAUAGAAGACGGCGAAGAGUUGACAGAGGAGCUGAAGGAACUGUCGCACUGCGACAACGACGGUUACUAUUGGCCUCUUUACACUUACUGGAAGUCCCUUCGGGGCCACGAAAGCGCCUCCCGGCGAGCAGAAUUACUUGCAUAGCUCCCUUGCAUACCGGAGCAAGCCCAGCCUAUUCAACCCGUCAUGGUGCUCCAUUUUCAGUGUUGCGGAGAGGAAAGCUGAGAUUCCAGCCUCGUGGGCUUUGAGGAAUUGGCGCCACUUACCUGACUCUGUGAGAUGCUGAUCUCAGAGGUCAGUCUUGAAUGUAAAUACUGUAGAACCCACAUACUUGUAUAAUCACUAGCCCCAUUGUACGCUCCGUAACAAGAUUCAGACACUUUACAUUGCAAUGUUGUCCUAUUAUGCCGGAUCUGCUUCUAUAAACCUCUCACGCCAUCACCAUGAAAGCUGGGAGAAAUCAUGGGUUUCCUUGAUGUUGUGAGGCAAGUUGUAUUGAUUAGAAAAGUGCGGGCAGUUGCUU